AUGUCCGGGCAUGAUCCUCUGACCGCUUCUAGACGCUUGGAUAUUUUACUUAAGCAUCUUAAUAAUGAAGAGGAUACUAAUAAUAAUUCAAAAGAAUGGCGGACUUUAUCUCCAAGCCAAUGUUUAACUGUCUGUACUAAUCGAGACAGAAAAUGGAAUGGAUACGGCUAUAAAGAUACUUUUUUUAAAUUUGAUGAACGUGGAACUGCCUUUUCAACAGGAAACCGUUAUCCAAAUUUUAGUUCUAAAGAAUUUCAUGAACUUCGUCCUUGGCUUGAACAAACACUUCGAAUAAAUUUGAAAACUGUAUGUCCAGCUCAACCCAGUAUUAUUGAACUGGCCAGUCCUAAUGUCAAUCAUGAAUUUUAUGAUGCAAUAAAACCUCAAGGAAUCAUGAUCUCAUUUGCGGAGCAUGACAGGCUGUCACAUGGACACGGCAUUAGUACUGCUGAAAUUUAUAAACUUAGGCAUGGGAAUUUUGCUCGAAUACCCGACGCGGUUAUAUGGCCAGAAACCCACGAGCAAGUGGUAGCCGUUGUCCAAGCUGCUCUUAAAUUUAAUGUUGGUUGUAUCCCAUAUGGCAGUGGCUCAAAUGAUGUUGAUGCUUUGGAGUGUCCUGAAGAAAGUGAAAAAAGAAUGAUAAUUUCUUUGGACAUGAGACAAAUGAAUAGGAUUCUAUCAUUGAGUAAAGAAAAUAUGUAUGUUAUAGUUGAAGCCGGAACUGUAGCACAAGACCUCGAAAAAGAAUUGAGGAAAUGGGGUUUUACCUUAGGAUGGGAUGCUGAAAUGUUAGAAUUUUGUACUGUCGGUGGUAUUGCUUCCCUACGCUCAGAUGAUAUCAAAAGAAAUAUGAGUGGUGAUCUUGAACAUAGUGUUAUAAAUUUCAAGAUGGUCACCCCUGCAGGAACAAUACAAAGAAAUUAUAUAAAUACAUCACCAAUUUCUUCGGGUCCUAAUUUUCAAAUAUUAUUUGGUACUGAAGGUACAUUAGGCGUCAUUACUGAAUUAACACUUAAAAUUCAUUUUUUUGCAUCUCAACAUCUUUACGUUCCUAUUUAUUUUCCAUCAUUUCAUAAUGGACUUUUAUUCCUUCGCGAAAUUGCGCAAAAGAAAAUCAUAAAGUUUAGUGGUGCACGUUUGGUAGAUGAACCUGGAUUACAACUUGUACAUGCAUUUAAUACUACAACACCAACUGUUAGAUCAAUUUUUUCUGAAGUAAUAAAAAAAUAUUACCUGAAAAAAAUGAAAAAAUUGGAAGCUGGUAAAAUGUGUUUGGCUGCUAUACUUAUUGAUGGUGAUGAUAUUGUAAAAUUAAAAGCAUGUGAAAAAAAAAUUAGCGAAAUUGGAAAAAAAUACGGUGGCGUAAUUACUGGAAGUGAUUUAGGGGAAAGAAUGUUUUUCGUAUCAAAG